AUGGCUUCAGCAAUAUCAACUACUCUCGCAAUUUUCUCACUUCUAGCCAUCUUCUCAUCCACCAUUACAAUGGCUGCCGAUCCCGACAUCCUCACUGACUUCGUACUCCCUCCGAACAACACCGGAGGCGUCGACGGAACCUUCUUCACCUUCACCGGCCUCCGGUCCCUCGCCGGACAAGACCCGUCUGCGAACUUCACGGUCACAAAAGUAAGCAAGGCUGAGUUCCCGGCUCUAGACGGGCAAAGCGUCUCGUACGCUGUCCUUCAGUACCCGUCGGUGACCGCCAACCCGCCGCACACUCAUCCCCGCUCCGCCGAGCUCCUCUUCCUCAUCGACGGCACUCUGGAAGUGGGCUUCGUCGACACGACCAACAAGUUGUACACUCAGUUCCUGCAGACCGGCGACAUUUUCGUGUUUCCCAAGGGGCUGGUGCACUAUCAGUUCAACGCCGACCCGGAGAAUUCGGCGACGGCGAUCUCGGCGUUCGGGAGUGCCAGCGCCGGGACCGUGUCGCUUCCCAGCACUUUGUUCGCCACCAACAUUGAUGACAAUGUGCUGGCAGUCUCCUUCAAGACUGAUGUUGCCACCAUUCAGAAGCUCAAGGCUGGUCUUGCUCCAAAGGCCUAA